GGGGUCAGCCGCAGAUCUGCUUCCCGCGGCCGAGGUCCGCGCAGCAGCCGGUGCUGUUCAGGUGUGGCCCGCCUGCCCAGAGCGUUCGUCAGACCCUCGGACCUGCGAGGGAACCCUAACUCUGAGACUCGCGCUCUCCUCAGCCCGACCCCGGCCCUUUUUCACACCCCAUCAUAGUCGAUUUCUCGUAGCCCCAUGCCCCAGCUCCUUCCCAGUCUAGCUCUUCGGAUCCCCUGGAGCCCGAACUCCCUCGCCCCGGAAUCCCGGGAGAACCUGGAAUCCCCAUCUCCAGUCGACAUUUUCUCAGAAUCGGUCCCGGCCCGUCAGUCCCCCAGGCAUGACAUCGUGUGGCCGCAGCGCCCUAGGGGCUUAAUGAAUUCCAGUGAAGCAGCAAUGAAAAAAACUUUACCCAAGAGCCAUUUAUCUCGGGUGAUUAUUCAUGAUAACCGCAUCGCACAACGCAUGUAUGAGAUGGAGGUGAGCGCUUUAGAGAAGACCAAGAAAAAGAUCAGCCACUACUAUGAACACCUGAAAAAAAAGUUCAUGACAGAGCAGCUCAGAAAGCUGGGGCGAUGGAGAGAGGAAUCCGUGAACAUCGACCAGUACUUAACCUUCGGGAUACCAUGACCAGUUUAAACUCCAGUCUCCCAAGAAAGGCCAACCACCCUAGUUCUGGCAAAGGGAUCUGCCCCAGGGUCACGAUGACACCAGUGUGACCCCAGGAGAACUAGUAACUACGACCUACACAACUGUAGAACAAUAAACAGAAACCAGCAGACAGCGGAGCAUAACAAA